GCGGUCGUGAGGGUAUGUCCGACCAAUCGGUACGAUCGCGGGGCUGUUUUCGGCCAAUCCUUGCGUUCUCGGGGUUGUGUUCUGCUGCGCUGGCCUCCCUCCCGGGCAGAUUUUUGGUGUGGGAAUUUCAAUUUGAGAUUCGGGAGUUUUAGUUCCAGGGGUUCAAACAGACCACGCGCAGCACGAUCCUGAGUUGGUACUUCGCGACUCUGCCACGCCACGUCAGUGUGAUUGGUUACCAUGACGACAGAGGUUGGGUCCGAGACCGAAGUGAAGAAGGAACCGGAGAAGGCCGAGGAGCAGUCGCCGGCUCCGGAGCAGGACGCCCAGGCUCCAGCAGCGGAGCCCAAGGCAGAAGCAGAGCUGCCCUGUGGGGAGACGGCCCCGCCGGGUGGAGACGGAGACGCCCAGCCCAAAGCGGCAUCCCCAGAGAAGGAGAGAAAGCAGAAGGAGCCAUCAGCGGGCAAGGGCAUCUCCCGCUUCCUGCCCCCAUGGCUUAAGAGGCAGAAGUCGCAGAGCCAGGCCGAACCCAGAGAGGCAGAGAAGGAGAACCAGGAGAAGGUGGACGAGCAGCAGCAGCCGGGACAGGAGUCGGCUCCAAAGUCCCCCGUGUCGGAGGCCAAGGAGGCGCCCGGCGAGGAGCUGAAGUCGGACGACAAAGACGACAAACACUCCAUCGGCAGCGCCGACACGCAGCCUGCAAAGGAGGAGAAGGGAGACGAGUCUUUGGAGAGGAGUGCGGACGUGAAGGAGAAGGAGGAGAGCAAGUGCGAGGAGAAGAAGGAGGAAGGGGAGACCCCGAAGCCGGACUCUGGCACCGAGAAGCCCCUGCUGAAGGCCGCCAAGAAGAUGAAGACGGUGAUGUGCCACGUGACCCUACUGGACGGCUCCCAGUUUCCCUGUGAGGUGGAGAAACGGGCGAAGGGACACUUCCUGUUUUUCAAAGUGUGCGAACACCUCAAUUUGCUGGAGAAGGACUAUUUUGGACUGAGUUACAAGGACGCUGCGGACCAAAAGUGCUGGCUGGAUCCCGCGAAGGAGAUCAAACGUCAGAUUCGAAACUCUCCUUGGCAGUUUGCCUUCAACGUCAAAUUCUACCCACCUGACCCCUCCCAGCUGACAGAAGAUAUAACCAGAUACCUCCUGUGCCUUCAGCUCCGCCAGGACAUCGCCUCCGGGCGCCUGCCCUGCUCGUUCGUAACCCACUCCUUGCUGGGCUCCUACACCCUUCAGGCGGAGCUGGGGGACUACGAUCCCAGCGAGCACCGCCUAGAGUACUUGAGCGACUUCCAAUUCGCCCCCACGCAGACCAAGGAGAUGGAGGAGAAGGUGGUGGAGCUACACAAAAAUCACAGGGGUAUGACGCCAGCUCAAGCAGAUGCACAGUUUCUAGAAAAUGCCAAGAAGCUGUCCAUGUACGGGGUGGACCUGCACCAUGCCAAGGACUCCGAGGGUGUGGACAUCAUGCUGGGGGUUUGCGCCAACGGGCUCCUUGUCUACAAGGACAGGCUGCGGAUCAACCGCUUCGCCUGGCCAAAGAUCCUCAAGAUAUCCUACAAGCGGAGCAACUUCUACAUCAAAAUUAGGCCUGGGGAGACGGAGCAGUUCGAGAGCAGUGUUGGCUUCAAGCUGCCGAACCAUCGCUCUGCCAAGAGGCUGUGGAAAGUGUGCGUGGAGCACCACACUUUCUUCAGGCUGGUGACCCCGGAGCAGCCCCCAAAAGCCCGCUUCCUCACCCUGGGCUCCAAGUUCCGCUAUAGUGGGCGCACACAGGCUCAGACGCGGCAGGCCAGCAGCCUCAUCGACAGGCCAGCCCCAUACUUCGAGCGCACCUCCAGCAAGCGGGUGUCCCGGAGCCUGGACGGAGCCCCUGUGGUCAGUGUGAGUGACCAGGCCCUCCGGGGCGACUCGUCCGUAGCAGGAGACAAGGAGAAUGGCAGAGAGCCCGCGCUGGAGCUCUCCUCGGACUCCAAGAGCAAGUUGAGAGUGCAGGGGGAAAAUAUAUAUGUCAGACAUAGCAAUUUAAUGUUGGAGGACCUGGAUAAGACCCAGGAGGAUGUUUUGAAACAUCAGGCUAGCAUUAGCGAGUUAAAGCGCAGUUUUAUGGAGUCCACUCCCGAGCCGCGCCCCGAUCAGUGGGACAAGCGGCUCACCGCCAGUCCCGCCACCAGCCUGCGCCUGCAGGCCCAAGGGAGCUUAGAAGAGGAGAUAACCUCCAUAUUGUUCAGUAAAGCAGGCUUUUGCUCCGGUCCUGCUCGCCCCUUUGUUUCCAGAGCACGAGCAGCAGAGGGCACUGUUACCGCAGCCUCGCUCCCUGUGGCCAUGGGCUCCGUCGAGAAAACGCCUCCCACUACAGACGGACCGCUCCCCGACAGCAAAGACAUUGGCAAGAGUGCAGAGGAUAAGCAGAGGUCAGGCACAGGCGAGCAGGCUGAGGUUGAGAUAGAAGAGACUGUAGUCAUCAAGGAGGUCAAGAAAGCACCCAAAACCAAAGACGUGGCUCCCGAGGUCGUUGUUGGCGCCGCCGUCGCCGAAGAGGCGAAGAAGGAGAAAGAGGGAGAGGCCGAGGAGAAGGAGGACAAGAGGCCGGGCGGCGGAGAGGCAAGCUCCUCCUCAGACAGCCACAGCGAGAGCGAGGAGGAGGCCGAAUACCACCCGCAGGUGAGCAGCGUCUCCGUGGACCAGAUCAAAGAGGAGCCGGAGGAAGAGGAGCCAAAGCAGGAGGCCCCGCCUCCAGGGGCGGAUCCCAUUGCCAGUGCCGCGCCCCCGCGUGCCAGGGAAGAACGGGGGGCAGCGAGCGAGGGGGCCGCAGACGAAGAAGCGCACAACGGCCACACUGAGACGCGCCAGGGCCUGGUGUCCGUGGAGGAAGAUGAGGAAGAGGAGGAGGAGGAGGAGGAGGAGGAGGAACCCAGGUUGAACGGGGAUGUGUCUCGCACUGAGACGGAGCGCCUCCCACAGGUUAUUUGUUGCUCUGAGCCUCCUGUCGUAAAGACAGAAAUGGUGACCAUCUCGGACACAUUCGCAGCCCAGAAGACGGAGAUCUCAACCAAGGAGGUGCCCAUCGUCCACACGGAGACGAAAACCAUCACGUACGAGGCCGCGCAGCUGGACGGUGCUGGAGACAGCGAGCCCGGCGUUCUUAUGACAGCCCAAACCAUCACCUCUGAGUCCCUGUGCACCACUACCACCACGCACAUCACCAAGACUUUAAAAGGUGGGCUUUCCGAAACCAGGAUUGAGAAGCGCAUCGUCAUCACGGGAGAUUCGGACAUCGACCACGACCAGGCCUUGGCCCAGGCUAUAAAGGAAGCCAAAGAACAGCACCCCGACAUGUCGGUCACUCGGGUGGUGGUCCACAAAGAGACUGAACUGGCAGAGGAGGGCGAGGACUGAGCUCCAGGUUCGAAGAGCCCCCGAGUUGCCGUUCGGGUCCGAGAACAACCCCCCGCCGCUUUGAGAAAAGUGACUUCCCACAGCUCGAGGACCGGAGAAGACUCCCGGGGCUGAGCAGCAACAUCUGUGCUUUGCACACGUUCCAUUUUUAUCAUUCAGAAGAAAACCACUUAGCUAACGUUAGCUUGUUUUAUUUCUAGCGCUUCGGCGAAAAAAAAAAAAGUACCGUUAUUACAACCACAUAGGACUACGAGAAGUGGUCAUUUUUUAAUGUCGAGUAGCGUUCACAUCCCUAGACUGUGUACAGAAAGGUUAUGUUUUUUUUUUUGUUUCUUUAUUUGGAUAAACUACGUAUAAAAAGCGAUAUUUAAAAAUUCUAUACCCGGGACUCGUGAAGAAGAUGGAAACAUA